AUUUCAAUGAUCCCUUCGGUACUGAAGUUAAGCCAAGAAUCCUGCUCAUGGGAUUGAGAAGAAGUGGGAAGUCUUCCAUUCAGAAAGUUGUCUUUCACAAAAUGUCACCGAAUGAGACACUCUUCUUGGAGAGCACAAACAAGAUCUGCAGAGAGGAUGUUUCCAACAGCUCCUUUGUCAACUUUCAGAUAUGGGAUUUUCCUGGGCAAAUUGACUUCUUUGACCCUACGUUUGACUAUGAGAUGAUUUUCAGAGGCACUGGAGCACUGAUAUUUGUUAUUGAUUCUCAGGAUGAUUAUAUGGAAGCAUUAGCUCGGUUGCAUCUUACUGUGACCAGAGCCUAUAAAGUGAAUCCAGAUAUCAACUUUGAAAUCUUCAUCCAUAAAGUGGAUGGUUUAUCUGAUGAUCACAAGAUUGAAACGCAAAGAGAUAUUCACCAGAGGGCAAAUGAUGACCUUGCAGAUGCUGGACUGGAGAAGAUUCACCUCAGCUUUUAUCUGACAAGCAUAUAUGAUCAUUCUAUAUUUGAAGCAUUUAGCAAAGUGGUACAGAAACUGAUUCCACAGCUUCCAACACUGGAAAACCUGCUUAACAUCUUUAUUUCAAAUUCUGGGAUUGAAAAAGCAUUUUUAUUUGAUGUAGUCAGUAAGAUCUAUAUUGCAACGGACAGUACUCCAGUGGAUAUGCAAACUUAUGAGCUCUGCUGUGAUAUGAUAGAUGUUGUGAUUGACAUUUCUUGUAUAUAUGGGCUUAAAGAUGAUGGCUCUGGAACUCCUUAUGACAAAGAAUCAAUGGCAAUCAUAAAACUGAACAACACAACUGUCCUUUAUUUAAAGGAGGUGACAAAAUUCCUUGCUCUUGUUUGUUUUGUCAGAGAAGAAAGCUUUGAGAGAAAAGGAUUAAUAGACUACAAUUUCCAUUGCUUUCGAAAAGCCAUACAAGAAGUAUUUGAAGUAAGAAUGAAAGUAGUAAGAUCUCGAAAACAUCAAAGCCACAUGCAAAAAAAUAAGAGACCCACUCCCAAUGGGACACCAAGAAUGCCACUCUAACUGAGGUUUUCUGGCACUGUGGCAAGCAAAGUUUUCAUGAAGUUGACAUGACUUCUGCAUCUCAUUGCACUGAGUGAAGAGGAAGACAAAUGGGACUGAUGUAUUAUAUGAAUUUUCCCUGAACGUUCAGAAAGCACUGUUUAAAUAUUUUUAUCCAAUCAGUUUUUUUUCAUAUAGUGAGCACUUUGAGCAAAAUGUUGUAUAUAUAAGCAUUGAGGUGAACACUUGUAAGAAUUUUCUUAAUAUAUGCUGUAAACCUUUUUCAUGCCAUAUUAAGAAAAAACAGCUGUGACAGAAAUACUGGGUACAUAAUUUGCACUUUUUAAUGUUUUCCUUGUGGAGUUGGACUUUGAUAUCAAACUUAGUUUUUAUGGUGAUUUGGAUGCAUGGUGUCAGGUAAAAUGUAUGCUGUAGUUUCUUUACCUGCUACAAUCAAAUUGGUUAGUAAACAAUUAAGAAAACUUGGUACAAUGCCUUUUAAAAUUUGUGACAGCUAAUCUCUAACAUUCAUACAGAUCUAAUUUCGUAUAUUUUUCAAUUUGUAAACUGAAGAAUAAUUUUGAAGUAUUACAGCAAUAAGCAGUUACCAAGGAUCGUAACUGGUAGGUAAAUAUUAGCUUUUAUAAAACAGGCUUUUGGCCAAAUUUCAUCCGGAAUUCUCCAUAACACUGGUCAUGCCCUCUGUUGGGUCUGUUUUUAGUAUUUACCUCAGCAUAUACCACUAAAAUACCUUUCUAUAAAGAUAAUUGUUUUGUAAAAUGGCUCUAUGUUGCAUUGGUAUUUUUAUAAGGCUUCAGAAGAGGGUGCUGCAUCUGAAAGGCUGAAUUUUCAUAUCUGAGUUUGUUUUGAGAUCCUGCACAUUUACAGUGGGAGCAGUGAAGAAUCUCUAUGCUCUGAUGUACUGAUGCGAAGUCCCAAAGCUGUGAGCACUGGGUUCUGAUUCCCUCUA